CAUGCGUAGUGGCACAACUUUGGUAUCAGGAAUAUGGCAGCGUCCUGAUCCCUGUUGGGGGGAAUACGCCGCAACUGAGAACCUACUGCAUCAGAGUGGGAAAACUGAGAAGCACCGAGCGCACUCAGAGGAGGGUGGGGGGCUGAGGGACCUCUACGAAUAACACCCUUUAGCGAUUUUACAGGUCCUAUGAAAAGAUGAAUGUCGUCAAAGAGAAUAAAGACCUGGCCUGUUUCUACACCACCAAACACUCCUGGAGGGGAAAGUACAAGCGAGUCUUCUCAGUGGGGACCCAUGGCAUUACCACAUACAACCCUACCACGCUAGAAGUAACAAAUCAGUGGCCUUAUGGAGACAUCUGUGGUAUCGGUCCGGUAGGAAAAGGUCAGGGAACAGAGUUCAGCCUCACAUUCCGCAAAGGCAGCGGCAAAAAGUCUGAAACGCUCAAGUUCUCGACAGAGCACCGGACAGAGCUGCUCACAGAAGCACUGAGAUUCAGAACAGAGUUUUCAGAGGGAAAAAUAACAGGCAGACGUUACAACUGCUACAAGCACCACUGGAGCGACACAAGGAAGCCUGUGAGUUUAGAGGUGACGCCGGGCGGCAUCGACCAGAUCGACCCGCACACCAACCGGGUGGUCUGUUCCUACGACUAUCGUAACGUAGAGGGCUUCGUUGAGGUUUCUGAUUACCAGGGAGGAUUCUGCAUCCUUUAUGGGGGCUUCAGCAGACUGCACCUGUUUGCCUCAGAGCACCGGGAUGACAUCAUCCGUUGCGCCAUAGAGCAUGCUGGGAACUUCAUCGGUAUCACACUACGGUUGAGGAAGGAGGCCCUGACCUUCGAGAACUUUGUGACGGACAGGUUGGGGAAGUACAGCUCAGAUGAGAGCAUCACUUCAUUGGCCGAAUUCGUUGUGCAGAAGAUCACCCCUCGACACCCGGAGCCAGUUAAGCGUAUACUGGCCCUGACAGAGACAUGUUUAGUGGAGAGAGACCCAGCUUCAUAUAACAUAGUCACCAUCAAACCCUUCGGAGAGGUGUUUGCUCUCAUCUGUGAUGUAGACAACCCUCAGGUGUUUACAGUUGAAUUCAUUAGAGGUCAGAUCAGGAAGUUUUCUUCCACAGAAAGGGACUCCCUGUUAGCCAGCCUACUCGAUGGAGUUCGUGCAUCAGGCAACAGAGACGUGUGUGUCAAGAUGGCCCCCACGCAGCGAGGGCAAAGAUGGGGCCUACUGAGCAUGCCCGUGGACGAAGAAGUGGAGAGUUUGCACCUCAAAUUCCUGGCAGCUCCUCCUAAUGGAAACUUUGCAGAUGCAGUGUUCAGAUUCAAUGCCAACAUAUCCUACAGUGGAGUGCUGCAUGCAGUAACCCAAGAUGGUCUUUUCUCUGAGAACAAAGAGAAGCUCAUCAACAAUGCCAUCCUGGCUCUUUUAUCCCAGGAGGCUGAGCUGCCAGCUCUCAACUCUGAGCUGGAGAGCCAUUUCCAGGCUAUUCGACGCUUGGUGGCCUCCAAGGCUGGCUUCCAAGCUUUCACCCAGCUGCCUAAGUUCAGGGAGAAGUUGGGAGUUAAGACGGUAAAAGCUUUAAAACGGAACAACAACGGUGUGACACAUGCUGCUGUAGACAUGCUUUGUGCCCUUAUGUGUCCAAUGCACGAUGACUAUGACCUGAGGCAGGAGCAGCUGAACAAGGCCUCUCUGCUGUCCUCCAAGAAGUUCCUGGAAAACCUCCUUGAGAAAUUCAUCACUAAUGUGGACCAUGGAACAGGAGCUUUGGUCAUCAGCUCCUUACUGGACUUCUUGACAUUUGCACUCUGCGCCCCCUACAGUGAAACAACAGAGGGGCAGCAGUUUGACAUGCUGCUUGAGAUGGUUGCCUCCAAUGGACGCACAUUGUUCAAACUCUUCCAGCAUCCCUCUAUGGCGAUAGUGAAGGGAGCUGGCCUGGUGAUGAAGGCCAUUAUUGAGGAGGGAGACAAAGAAAUUGCCACUAAGAUGCAGGAGCUGGCCUUGAGUGAAGGGGCUCUUCCAAGGCACCUGCACACUUCUUUGUUCACCAUCAGUACAGACCAGCGGAUGCUUACCAACAGGCAGCUGAGUCGUCACCUUGUGGGCUUAUGGACGGCAGAGAACCCCGUUGCCAUGAACCUCCUGAAGAGGAUACUGCCAACAGGCCUGCUGGCUUACCUGGACAGUCCCGACUCGGUCCCCGAGAAAGAUGUGGACAGAAUGCACAUCCGUGACAACUUGAAAAUCGCCACGGACCAGCUCAAUCGAAACAAGGUCCCAGAGUGGCAGCGGAUAGCAGGCAAAGCAGCCAAAGAGGUGGAGAAGUUUGCCAAGGAGAAGGCUGAUCUUGUGCUGAUGCACUGGAGAGAUAAAAUGGGCAUAGCCCAGAAGGAGCAGGACAGAAAUAAUCUGAACCCAAACCUAAAGCCUGUCAUCCUGAGGAAGAGACGGCAGAGAAUAAAGAUUGAAGUCAACUGGGAGCUUUUCUACUACAGAUUCCAGGUCGACCAUGCUCGGUCCAACCUCAUCUGGAACCUGAAGACAAGGGAGGAGCUGCGGGACGCUUUGGAAGGGGAGAUGCGUGCCUUCAGUGUGGACCGUGAGCUGGGCAGUGCCAACGUCAUCUCCUGGAACCACCAGGAGUUUGAGGUGAAAUACGAGUGCCUUUCAGAUGAGAUAAAGAUCGGGGAUUAUUACUUGCGUCUGCUGCUCGAGGAGGAUGAAAACGAAGAAUCGAACGCCAUCAAGAGAUCAUAUGAGUUCUUCAAUGAACUCUACCAUCGCUUUCUGCUUACACCCAAAGUUACGAUGAAGUGCCUGUGCCUGCAGGCGCUCACUAUAGUCUAUGGGAAGUGCUAUGAGGAGAUUGGCCCCUUCACAGACACAAAAUACAUCGUGGGCAUGCUGGACCGGUGCACAGACAAACUUGAAAGAGACAGACUCAUCCUGUUCCUCAACAAACUCAUUCUUAACAAGAAAAAUGUCAAGGAAGUGAUGGACUCUAAUGGAGUGCGUAUAUUGGUGGAUCUUCUCACCUUGGCUCAUUUGCAUACUGGCAGAGCUACUGUGCCCCUGCAGAGCAACGUGCUGGAAGCAGCCCCAGACAUGAAGAGAGAAAGUGAGAAGGAGUGGUACUUUGGUAAUGCAGACAAGGAGAGAAGAGGACCUUUCAGUUUUGAGGAGAUGCAGGAGUUUUGGAGCACGGGUAUCCUGACAGCAAAGACGCGCUGCUGGGCUCAAGGGAUGGAUGGCUGGCGUCCCCUACAGGCCAUCCCCCAGCUAAAAUGGUGCCUCCUGGCCUCUGGGCAGGCAGUGAUGAACGAGACCGACCUGGCUACUCUUAUUCUUAACAUGCUCAUCACCAUGUGCUCCUGCUACCCCAGCAGGGACCAAGAUAAUGCCAUUAUCCGUCCUUUACCUAAGAUAAAGAGGAUGAUCAGUGACAAUGCUUGCCUCCCUCACAUUGUCCAGCUGCUGCUGACCUUUGACCCUGUCCUGGUGGAAAAGGUAGCUAACUUGCUGUACCUGGUGAUGCAGGACAACCCUAAUCUGCAGCGCCUCUAUUUAACUGGCGUCUUCUUCUUCAUCAUGAUGUACACGGGCUCCAAUGUGCUUCCUGUUGCAAGGUUCCUGAAGUACACACAUCUGAAACAAGCCUUCAAAUCAGAGGAGGCUAAAGGUCAGGACAUAGUGCAGCGUAGUGUUCUGGGUCCGGUGCUGCCUGAGGCCAUGGUGUGUUACCUGGAGAACUACGAGGCUGAGCGCAUCUCAGAGAUAUUCCUUGGAGAGUUUGACACACCAGAGGCCAUUUGGAACAGCGAGAUGAGGCGGAUGAUGAUUGAGAAGAUAGCAGCCCAUGUAGCUGACUUCAGCCCGAGGCUGCAGAGCAACACGCGGGCCCUCUACCAGUACUGCCCCAUCCCCGUGAUCAGCUUCCCUCAGCUGGACAAUGAGCUGUUCUGCAACAUCUACUACCUCAGACACCUGUGUGACACCACCCGCUUCCCCAACUGGCCCAUUCGAGACGCUGUGAAGCUGCUAAAAGACACUCUUGAAGCUUGGAAGAGGGAGGUGGAGAAAAAGCCUCCCUCCAUGUCUGUAGAUGAUGCUUACGAAGUGCUCAACCUCCCCAAAGGACAGGGGCAACACGAGGAGAGUAAAAUCAGGAAGGCUUACUUCAGACUGGCGCAGAAGUACCACCCUGACAAGAACCCGGAGGGCAGGGACAUGUUUGAGAAAGUCAACAAAGCCUAUGAGUUCCUUUGUACAAAGUCUGCAAGAAUCCUGGACGGCCCCGACCCAGAAAACAUCAUCCUGAUCCUCAAAACUCAGAGCAUCCUGUUCAACCGACACAAACAAGAACUGGAACCUUACAAAUACGCCGGUUACCCGAUGCUCAUCAAAACAAUCACAAUGGAAACCGAAGAUGAUCAGCUCUUCUCCAAGACCUCCCCUCUCCUCCCAGCUGCUGUUGAACUGGCCUUCCACACUGUCAACUGCUCAGCUCUUAACGCAGAGGAGCUGCGCCGUGACAACGGCAUCGAGGUGUUGUUGGAGGCUCUUUCGCGGUGUGUUGCUGUGUUAACGGCAUCCAGCAAGCCUGAUGACAUGGCCGUACAGGUGUGCGGGCACAUCUGUAAGUGCUACAGUGUGGCAGCCCAAUUUGAGGAAUGCAGAGAAAAGAUCAUCGAACUGCCCAACAUCAUCAGGGAUCUCUGUCACAUCCUGUACUAUGGAAAGGGUCUCUCAAAAACAGCCGCCCUGGCAGUCCAGUGUGUGAGCUCCUUCGCAGUGGAUUUCUUCCUGCAGACUCAUCUGUACCACGCUGGUGUGCUCUGGCAUCUGCUGGUCUACCUCUUCAGCUAUGACUACACUCUGGAGGAGAGCGGUGUGCAGGCCAGCCAGGACACAAACCAGCAGGAGGUUGCAAACAACCUGGCCAAGCUCAGCCUUGUAGCUCUCAGCCGUCUGGGAGGCUACACCCAGAUGCCGCACACCCCAGACGAGAACAAUCCCAUUUCAGAGACCAACGGCAUCGAGGGAACGCCUCCAGAGAAUCCCACCAUCCGCAAGAGCUUGUCCGCCAUGCUGACUCCAUACAUCUCAAGGAAGCUGGCGACAGGAUCUCCUGCUGAGGUCUUGAAGCUGCUGAACAGCAACUCUGAGAACCCGUAUUUGAUCUGGAACAAUGGAACACGAGCUGAGCUGCUGGAGUUCCUGGAGGCACAACAGGAGGGAAACAUCAAGAGGGGAGAAAAUGAUAAAAGCUUCGGUGCAGAGUUUGCAUUCAGUGAUCACAGCAAAGAACUGAUCGUUGGGGAGAUCUUUGUCCGGGUCUACAAUGAGCAGCCAACUUUUCCUCUUGAGUACCCAAAAGCAUUUGCAGCCAGUCUUCUGGACUAUGUAGGCUCCCAGGCUCAGUACCUCCACACUCUGCUGGCCAUGAGUCAGAGUAACAAGGUGGAGUCCCAGCAGCAUGCUGAGAGGCUUCGCUUCGCCGAGAUGGCUUUAGAGGCACUUCGCAAUGUCAUCAAGAACAACCCUGGUUCAGAGUCAGAGUGCAUCGGCCAUUUCAAACUGCUCUUCUCUUUGUUGCGGGUUCAUGGAGCUGGCAGGGUGCAGCAGCUGGUGUUGGAGGUUGUGAAUACUGUGACAUCAAACCAAGAAUGUGUUAGCAACAUUGCUGAGUCGCUGGUGUUGUCCAACCUUCUGCUCCUGUUGCAUUCCCUCCCCUCCAGCCGACAAAUAGUGCUGGAAACCUUGUACGCACUGACUUCUAACACGAAAAUAGUCAAAGAGGCUAUGGCCAAAGGUGCUCUGAUCUACUUGCUCGACCUCUUCUGUAACUGCACCCAUCCGCAGGUUCGCACACAGACUGCAGAGCUCUUCUCCAAGAUGACCUCAGACAAGCUGGUUGGGCCAAAGGUGCGUCUGACACUAAUACGUUUCCUCCCUGGUGUGUUCAUGGAUGCCAUGCGAGACAACGCUGAGGCGGCCGUGCAUAUAUUUGAGGGAACGCACGAGAACCCUGAACUCAUCUGGAAUGACAACUCAAGGGAAAAAGUGUCCACCACUGUCCGGGAAAUGAUGCUCGAGCACUUUAAACAGCAGAAAGAUAAUCCUGAUGUGAACUGGAGAAUUCCAGAGGACUUUACAGUGGCUUAUGGCGCAGGACAGGGCGAGCUUGAAGUUGGUGGAGUCUUCUUGCGUAUCUUCAUUGCUCAGCCUGGCUGGGUGUUACGCAAGCCUCGAGAGUUCCUGGUGUCCCUCCUGGAGACUCUGACUGAGCUGCUGGAGAAAAACAACCCCAACGGUGAGGCCCUGGAGACAGUUACCACCGCAGCAGUAUGUCUGUUCAGCACACAGAGCCAGCUGGCUGACCAGGUUCCUCCUUUGGGCCACCUGCCUCGCGUCCUGGCAGCACUCAAUCACAAGAACAACAGCGUGCCCAAGAGCUCCAUCCGCCUCCUCCACGUGCUAUCAGACAAUGAGUUGUGUGUACGCUCCAUGGCUUCUCUGGAGACCAUCGGCCCCCUCAUGACUGGAAUGAAAUGUCGGCCCGACAUGGCUGGACUGGCUUGUGAAGCUCUCAAUCGCAUGUUCCAGAAGGAGCAGACUGAACUCGUAGCUCAGGCUCUGAGAGUGGAGCUGGUUCCAUACCUCCUGAAGCUACUGGAAGGAAUUGGCCUGGAGACACUAGAAAACCCUUCAGCUACAAAGGCCCAGAUAGUAAAGGCUCUCAAGUCCAUGACUCGCAGUCUGCAGUUUGGAGAACAGGUGAAUGAGAUUCUAGCGAAGUCAUCAGUGUGGAGUGCCUUCAAAGACCAGAAACAUGAUCUUUUCAUCUCAGAGUCUCAGACUGCAGGUUACCUGACAGGGGUAUCCACUCCUUCUCUCCUGGCCGCCAGUAGCCCACUGCGAGGUGGGCUCUAGACUCCUAAGCUGGGCCCUCACAGCCCUCUUCUCGCUUGCUCUGAUGCAGGUCCAGGAGUAGCAGGUUACCUUACAGCAGGAACUGGCCCCACGGUAAUCCCCAGCGUCCCACCCCCUGUGGACAGCGACAUUGGAGACCAAGGCUGACGGACACACACGCCCACCCACGUCACGCUCAGGCACCCAGACUGCCCUGCAGCUUUGCGGCCGCAACUCAGUGAGGGACUGUUCAGCUCCCAGUCGAGGGGAUGGAGAGAGAGAGAGAGAGAGAGAAGGAAGGAGGAGAGCGGACCAUCAUUGACUCUCACCAAAACCUCUGCAACACCUCCUCCAGUAUCACUCUCUUCUCCCCUUCCAAACAGCACUCAAGUCUUCAUAAACACAUUGACAUUGUUUUAACAGAUUUUCUUUGUUUCUGUGCUACUUUUCUUGUUCCUCCUAAUGACACACAGAAGAGUUUACUUUUUGUAUGAAUAUAUUUUUUACUCUAGAUUUUGUUUUUUGUUUUUUGUUUUUUUUUCAUGAGAAAGACAUCAAAAGACUGAAGUUUAUUACAGGUUAAUUGUCUCUUCUCUGUUAUGUUAUUCCUCUUUGUCAUGUCCUGACAGGCUACACUUACCCUAAAACCUGACCAAAGGGUACUUGGCCUUGUUUGUGACACAGGACCUAUCCGCCUCUAACAGAAAUGUGUCAUUUACUGGUCUUCAUAAUUGACCCUCAUAUGGAAAUGGAAAACAUGUUAAAAUUAAGAAAUGAGAAAAUGUAUUUGUACCAUUUCUCUGCCCUGAUUCUCCCCUUCAGCCCUCAGAUUGAUGCUGACGUCUUGUCUGGUUUGGUCAGGUCUAGUUCAGUCCACUCUUUCAACACUGAUCUGCUCUCCAAAUGUCCAGUCUUAUUCUUCUGAUCUUAAUUCAUAAUUCAUCCUGCUCUCUCUUUGAGGUCUACCCUUUCUGCCUCACUUUUUUAAAAAUAAUUCUUCUCCCCCCAGAAUGCAAAAAGCACUAGGAUAUUUAUAAAUGAAUAAUAACCACCGGAAAUGAGCUUUGGCUAAGACAUGACGAAUGACUUUGACUCUGAUUAUGAAUCUGUGUGAAAGACUAGUGCAAUUUGUGAAAUGUUCAAUGUAAUAUUGCGUAUAUAAACUUUCUAUAUUGAAUGUACAUUUAAAAAAAAAAGUAAAUCAGUCGCACUUGUACAUAAAAUUUUAAGAAUAAAAGGGAACCCACA